AUGACAAACCAUCAAAGCACGCCGCCGCGUCUUCCUAACUUAAAUGACCAUCCAUUGAUUGGGGAUGCCAACAAAAUCCCCGUCAGUGCCCCGACACCCGUUGUCUCCAUCAGUCCCAUUGUCCUACCUGCACCCGAUCGAAUUGUCGAUCUACAUGUCCGGGUUACUGCUCCUACUUCUGGCCACGACUUGCCAAUUAUUCUCCUCUCUCAUGGACAGGGGACAUCACUUUAUCUGUCCUCAUUGAAUGGCUAUGCACCUCUCGCCAAUUUCUAUGCUUCUCAUGGGUUCGUCGUCAUUCAACCAACCCACUUAAGUUCCAAAUCCCUGGGCCUUGACUGUGAGAUGAGUUCAGAGGCACCGUUCUUCUGGCGCUCACGAGUGGAAGAUAUGAAGCUCAUUCUUGACGAGCUCUACUCUAUUGAGAUUGCCUUCCCGCAAAUCCAAGGACGCCUCGAUCACACUCGUGUUGUCGCGGUGGGACACUCAAUGGGUGGGCACACAGUCAGCAUGCUACUCGGAGCCCGAUUAAUCGACCCUGAAAAUGGUGAUGAAAUUGAUCUCACUGAACAUCGCGUGAAAGCCGGUGUGGUACUCGCAGCCCCUGGCGAUGGUCGUGGCGGAGAGGGUUUAGGCGAGAUGGUUCAAGACACAUUUCUCAAAUACCAUAGCCAUGAGGAAAUGACAACGCCUGCUCUUGUGGUCAUUGGGGAUAGUGAUGAACAACCGUAUCUAACCACUCGGGGGCCCGAAUACCAUGCGGAUGCCUAUUACAGCAGCAAUGGUCCAAAGUCACUCCUCACUAUAACGGGCGGGAGACAUGGACUGGGUGGUGUUUCUGGUUAUGAUGCAGCGGAGGCGGCUGAUGAUGAAUGCCCAGAGAGACUGGCUACGGUCCAAAGAUUGACUUGGGCAUAUCUUCGCAGCCGGCUUUAUCCUGAGGAUCCCGCUUGGUCUGAGGCGUGUUUUAUUCUACAAAGGUUUCCUGGCUUGGCGAGGGCUGAAAGUAAGAGGGCGUGA